AUGUCUUUGCAUCUUUACCCUACGAUUCAUGACAUGGCUACGAUUGAGUUGCCCUGGGUACUCGCUCCCCCUAUACUGAUACACGCUCUGGCUGUCCCGGCCAUUGUUGUGGCCAGUUUCCAGUCUCUUAACUUUUGGCGUGCUGUCUCUGUCUUGUCAGCUCAAGAUGCCUUCCCAGAAGAGACGCCGCCCGCUUGGUCAAUCACGAAGACGUCUUUCAGCAACUGGCGCGCACAGCAGCCUCCGCUCGGUGCAACGACCAAAAAGGUCAUUCUCUUUGCGGUCUGUUUUGCUUUGAUCGUAGCUCUACAGUGUACAAUCACAGUCAUCAGUGUCAACAAUAUCACGAUCCAAACAGUGCUGAAAUGUGUUGUCUUCUUGAUUCUAACUGUCGCUUGCGCACCCUCUAUUUAUUACGGCAUAUUGAACAUCAUAAAGCCCUUGACCAUGCAGGUCCGCUACACCCGCAAAACUCCUGGUGCUCCCAUUUGCCUCGAAAGAAUACCGAUUGGAGACGCCAAGGCUGGGGCCUACCAGGAGAUGUUACGAGCGGGCUUCUCCUUUGUCGCAUCCGUUGGUGCUAUGGUCCUGACGGCCUAUGGCUUUACCGCGCACUUGCCAAUCGUGGCAGGCGCUUCGGUCGUGACAUUUGUUGCCAAUCACUAUCACCCUCGCAUGAGCAUCCAAAGCGUUAUCUUCGCUCUCUUCGGUUCCAUAGCUUUUUGUGCCACCAUGGUGGGCAUUGGUCAGAUGAGAGAGAGUUAUUCUGGAAGUGAAGAGGCGGGAAAGGAUACAUCAUCGGACGAUGCCGCAAGCACCUGGCCAGUGGUUAACCUCAUGUUCACGCUCCUGUCUGCGUCCGCAAUCGUGAUGCCAGGCGCACUUAUUGCCAUGACCCUUCGAUUCGAACAUUCCCAAGCUGCCGGGAGUGUUGAGCGCCCUUCAAACGUCUCCAGCGAAGCGCAACUCUGCGUGCCCUUCGACUAUCCGAAAUUCCCUUGCCCCAUCUUUCUCACUUCCAUCGCCUCUCUAUUCCUCAGUCUUACUGCCAUGGAUAUCGUCGUGGCUCAAUACGGGGGUGAUGCGGUGUUUGUGCCAAUAACCCCGGCGGCCGCUGGUAUAACAGUGCCUGUGGUUUCUGCGUGCACAGCAUUAGCUGCUGCUCAUCAAGGGGUACUGAUACAGUGGUGGCGCUAUAGUGAGACGUGGGUCCCGCAGAACAACGACGAUAUUGAGCAGGCGCCAUAG